AUGGGACACUCGCUUCUGCUCUGGGCCGCCUCGCUCUUGACGGCGGCCCCCGCCGUCUUCGGGGCGGCACUUCCGACGGCCGAUGGACGUGUGAGCCGGCAAGCCGACGGCCGGCCAGGGUCGCCGCCGCAGAUCAUCACCGGUCUCUACUUUCCGGCCAAAAUCGCCAUUCACGACGCCCAAGGAAACCCGUCAUGGUCCUGGGGGAGCGACGACUACGACGGGCAACAGGUUCCGAGUCGGCUCAAGGGCUGCCUCAAGGCCUCGGGCGUUCUCCCGGACGCCAAGUGGGCGAACGGGGGCAGGAGCAUCCUCGCCAUCGUCGGCAGCGCCGCCGUCAUGAUCAAUCACCAUCCGGAGAACCCGUCGACGGACAAGCAAAUCACCUUUGGCAUGUGCCUCGACAGCGCGCCCUUUGCCAACACGCACAGUCUCGAGCUCGUCACGCCCCAAAGGCUGGCCAUUGCCACCACGUCGGACAGCAGCGUGGGCAACGUCCGCAUCGUCGACCCGACCGUCGGAGCGCAAAAUCCCGACCCCCCUCUCCUGCAGGGUCUCGACGGCAUGACGGCCUGCCACUCGCUCGUCUGGGACGACGAGGCCGGCCUGCUGUGGGCCGUGGGAAACGACCAGCCACCGCUCGGCACGACGCCGUCGCGGAGCAUCCUCAACAGCUACGCCUUCGACCGGCGGAGCGGCGCCUUUGACAGCGCGCCGGCCGGCACCUACGUCAUCGGCCCGCCCCAGAUGCUCUCGCAGGAGUGGCCGGGUCCGAAGGAGACGUGGUGGGACGGCAGCCACCACGCGACGCCGGUGCCCAACAAGCGACAGCUCUUCAUCUCGACCGACCUCGACGUUCACCUGUUCGACAUGGGCACCAAGACAUUUCGGCACGGCGACGAGGUGCUGAAGACGGUGCCGUCCCUGCGCGCCUUCCAGCCCGGGCCGACGCAUCGAGACCGCCUCCCUCGCGGCGACAUCAAAUCGGCGAGCUUCGACGGCAAGGGCAACGCUCUCUUCACCCAGGCCGAUUGGGGCGAUGUCCUGACGAGGAGCGUGCAUCGGCUGGGCCGUCGAGGGGCCGCGCAGGCGGUGGCCCUUUCGCAGCAGCUCUAUCGCUCUCGCUGGUUUGCGCCGGCAGCCGGCUGGAGGACGUCGGCCUGA